AUGUGUCACUGUAUCAUUCCAUUUUCAUCUUGGCUAUUUGAUGUACUGCGAAAAUACAAUAAUAUCGAACAAGAUGUACCUUUUGUAUCUCAUUAUGGAAUGAUUCACACUAUCAUUUUCGUUAUUUUUCUUGCUAUUGCUAAUCUACAAGCAUCGUUACUUGAGAACAUAUCGAUAGCUUUUGAGGUUAUCAAUAUCAAGUUUUCAAGAGACCGUGCCAGAGUUCUACGACUUGUGCUUCGGACUUCAUUAUUUGUAUUAAAAGUAAUCAAAGUUGCAUUCCAGGGAAGCAUCUAUCUCAAAAAGAUCAACAACUCAAAAAAACAACUAUCACCUUCAUUGAAUGAGCCCAAUUCUAAAAAUAGUCGUUUGUUUUUGUUCUUUUUCGAUUUGAGUGUUUUGAUAGUGAUCCAAGUUCAACGGUCAUGUCAGCUUAUUCCAUCGGAUAACAAUGAUCCAAUAAUCGGAUGA